CAACGGGGCAGCGUAACGUAGCAACUUGUUCAGCGCGCGCGCGUGGCUUUUGAACCCGGCCGUUAAUCACAGCUUCGACCACGGAGGCGUUUUCACUCCCGUGUUUUCAGACUACUUCUCCUGAAAUAGUCUCUCCUAGGCGGAAAAUAGUUUGACAAGAAAAUAUGUCGAAGAGAAGAAGGCCUUCGCCGAAAUCCUGUUGUGUGGAGGAGGAAGUGGAAGAGAAAUCUGGGGACGGAAAGUUUGGCUUAAGGCAAGCAAGAGCCAAAUCUUUUAAUGUGUACAGCAACCAAGGUGACGAGAAGAAGAGGAAGAAGAAGAUUAAAGACAAUGGCAUUACAAAGCAAAACGGAAUCUGGUUUGUGACUUGUGAAAACAAAGAGGGAGUUAUGGAUAUAGAAAAACUGAAAAAAGGUGAGAAUUGCAUAAAGUGUCAGGGCCUGUGGUUUACCCCUCCGGCCUUUGAGGAGUUUGCAGGACGAGGAGCGUGCAAAAAAUGGAAAAACAGCAUAUGCCAUGAAGGAAAACCUCUGAUCCAUUGGUUUGCGAAAGGCAUUCUGUCCACAAGUGGAUAUCAAAGAAGAGGAGCCGAGCCUAUGAAGAAGGUUAAGGUUUCGUCAAGAAAAAUGGAAAGCAAGCCAACAAAAAGCGUCCACGAGUUCCAGGGAUCCAAGCGCAGUAAAUGUGAGCGAUCCGUCACCUCGGUGACCCAGAAACGCAUCUCUCCAGGAAGCUCAGUGGAGGCAGAAGUACAGUCUGUACAGGACCCUGAGGGAGGUCAUAUCACAGAUGACCACAAGCAGUCCGACAGCGACGAGUUUCUGAAGAGAGGCCAAAAAAAUAGGGAUGAUCCAGAUGGGAGAAGUGAUGAACACGGUAUAAACUCAGGAGAUGCCGAGAAUGGAAAUGAAACGGAUAACGGGGAUGUGCUUGCUGAUGCUGAUUACCCUGACAACAGCGGCGACGCCAGAGAAAAACACAAGGACUCAGAUGCUGCCAAAGCCGAGGAGCAGGAGAUGAAGAGGGAAACUGAAGUGACCGUCAGAAGGCUUUCAGAGAGGUGGAGAGCCUGUAAGGCGAAACGGCGUUCGAAAGGCGCCUGGUGUGAGCCGUUGGAGGGAAACGCACACUUCGAGGAGACCGAAGGCGCCACGGCCAUCGCUGACGGAAACGAGUUGAUCAACGAGAACCUCGGUGCCUCCACUGCAGAGCUCGUCGUUAUUAGCAAUGGUGACAAGACAGAUGAGGAGAAAGAUGCAGUGUUGGAUAUGAGGUCAAUUCAAGAUGCAGAUAUGACCUCAGGUCCACUUGUCAAAACUCAAACAAGUGGCCCGAUAUGUCUUUCGGUUUCACCUGCAAACCUGCUGCUUCCGUUUGUUAAUAAAGAGGUUAACGAUGCGGAUGAAGCCAAACCGGAUCAUGACGAAGCGGAAUCGGAAAACAUCAGAGUGUCAUACGUUCCGAAUGUCUCAGAGAAGACGGAGGACGGAGCUUCGGCGGUCUCAGACGUGGAUGCGAUGGAUAUCGAUCAGCUGAAGAAGGAAAAAAUAAAGAUGCAGCUUAAAGUUUUGAAAUUGCAAGAGGAAUGUUACACUCUGAUGCUAAAUAACUUGAAAAACUGACGAGAAAAGUUUUAGCGUCAACAUUGUAAAGGACUAGUUAGCCUUCUUUUUUUAGGUUUUACUAGAAAUUAGAUGCCAGGAUUUGGCAAUUAGCACACCAAGCAAAAUAUAUUAUCGGUGCAGAUUUUAUAUUCAAAAUGUGCCUAUUUCAUCAUUUUUACAACUUUUCUUUUUAAAUGUGUUCCUCGUUGUAUAUCAUUAAUUUCUUUAUCAGAAGAUGUCACAGCCGAACGUUGACAAAGAGACGAGACAGAAAGUAGCAAUGAUAACAUUUGAAGUUUACAGAAAAGUGGAGGAAAUGAGGAAAAACUGAGCACAGCAGCUUAAAAACGUAUCUAACCGGCACCCCACAGUGGAAUUUAAAAGCCCUCUGUGGUUUGCCCCACCUACCUGUAAUUCACCCUGCUGUUGAGUAAGUCUUUAUGAUUAAAGCAGUAAUUCAGAACACUAAAAUUUUGUCUGCAUGCAUUCGGUUAGAUGUCAUUUCUGCUCCAGUUCUGACCGGCAUUAUUACUUUGAUGACCAAAAACGUUGCUCUCUCAUUUCUCCAAACAGUUCUGCAGUGGCCGUUUACACCUCGCUUUUCUUCAUAUAAUCAGUUUGUGUUUUACUAGUGAUGUUUUAGGUAUUUAUAGUUUUACUUUCAUCAAACUCUUUCCUGCUGUUUCACCACUUAAACUCUGUUUAUCUCGACGUCUUUACGGAGCUCACAUUCAAACAGGACAAGCUAAGAAAAUACUGAGUGAUUUUUUUUUUGUUUUUUUUUCGCUUUUCAUGAAUAACAUUUAUGGGUUGAAGAGUAUUUAUUUUUCAAAUUCCCAAACAUGACUGUCUGAAGGUCACCUUUCAAGGUCAAGGUGUUAUUAUUGUGCAAAACUGGCAAGCGAUCUUGGAAAUGUGAAAUCUCUAAUCCGUUUUAUCAUCUUACGGUUUUGAAAGAGGCGUUUUCAAACACCAUCAUUACAAGCCUGUGAAUAACUGAUGAGAAAAUAAAUAUUUACUGUUACAUUUCAUGAUUUCAUCUGUUUAUAGAUCUUUUGACUGUAUUCUGCAUUUGGUGCUUUUCCUCAAGAAUGUGUGUGUUUUUUAGUAUACAUGCUGCUGUAUCCAGGUCUGUCUCA